CACCGUACAUAGUACAGGAACAUCGGCUGUGACGACGUCAGAGCUUCCUUCAACACCACAAACGGGGAGCUCACCCGACAUUAUCUACAUCCCAACCCGAAUAUCACACAAAACCAGAACAGCUUACCUCAUGUCUGGAACAGCACCCUCAAUACCAAACCUCCUCACCCUACGUGGUCGUAUCGGCGGCGCCGGCGUCACUCGGGGCCGUUACCGGGGCGUCAUCCACCGGGGAGGUCGCAGCCACGGUUCUGGAGCACCCAGUGCCUCAGCAGCUCACGAUGCCACCAUCCAAGGCACCGACACCGACGCCGCCGUCUCCCGUCUCAGCGCGGUUCAGAUAGGCUAUCUCGACGAUCCGUAUGCCGAGCUGUUUGCCCAGUCCGGCCCCGGUACCGCCAGGCGACUGCCCAUCAUCAACCGAGGCACCCACGCCCGCACGACGGCCAUCGACAAGCUUGUCGACAAGUUCCUCGACGACACCGAGAGCUCUCCAGAAGGGCGACAGAUCGUCUCUCUAGGCGCCGGCACCGAUACUCGCAGCCUCCGAUUAUUCUCCCCUUCCGCCCCGACGCCGCGUAAGCGCGUCAUCUACCAUGAGAUCGACUUCCCCGUCAUGUGCGAGAAGAAGCAGCGCAUCGUCCGCGGCGCACCCCAGCUGCGGUCUAUUCUCUCCGACCCGGAAUCUGUGGAGGAAUUGAGCCAACACGGCGGUGGAAACUCCUGGCACAGCAAGGCCGUGGCGGAAAAGCACGAAGGAAGCGAGCUCUGGGUCCACGGGCUAGAUCUCCGCGCUAUUGCGGCCUCGCAACAGCCUCAGCAGCCACUACCACCGGGGGUACCGAUCGGUUCUAGGGGACUUCACGCUUCACCCUCUGACAGCGAUUCGACAACACAACAAAAGGAGCAAACCGAAGCUACAACACAAACUCAACAAAAAGAACCACUAACGCUAACAUCCCUCAACCCGAACCUCCCCACCCUCAUAAUCUCCGAAUGCUGCCUCUGCUACCUCCCUCCCUCAACCGCCUCCUCCAUCAUAUCCUUAUUCACCACCACCAUCCAAUCCUCCUUAGGCAUUGUAAUCUACGAGCCCAUCAAGCCCGACGACGCCUUUGGCAAGAUGAUGGUUUCGAACCUUGCUGCUCGGGAGAUUAAGAUGCCGACGUUGGAGGUGUACAAAGAGGCAGGGGACCAGGAGAGGCGGUUACGGGAGGCUGGGUUUGGUGCGGAUGAAGGAAAAGGAGGAGGAGGGGGAGCAAGGAGUAAAACGAUAGAACAGAUUUGGGAGGAGUGGACGAGUCAGGAGGAGAAGGAACGGGUGGAUGCACUGGAGGGGCUGGAUGAGGUUGAGGAGUGGAAGUUGUUGGCGGGGCAUUAUAUUGUUGUUUGGGGGUGGAGGGGGGUGGGGGUUGAUUUGGGGAUAUAA